AACCAUUCAGAGUACAAACUUUUCUUCUCAAGCAAACACAAAUUUCCUCUCCUACUCUCAUCCAAACCAAAAACACUUAAAAACCCACUUCUUUCUCAACCUUUACAAUCCUUAAACAUACACCCUUCUUCUACUUUUCCUAGAGAAACCCAUUUUCUUUCUAGCCAAACACUCUAAAUCCUUCUCAAACCAAAUCACAAGCACUCAAACCUUUGUUCAGUUCUCACUUUCUUUCAAAACCCACUUCAAAUGGCUCCUAACAUCACCACCACCGCCACCACUGUUACGACCAAACCCGUUAGCAUGCCUAGCAAGGCCUAUGUCACUUUUUUGGCUGGUAACGGUGACUAUGUGAAAGGUGUGGUUGGCUUAGCCAAGGGCCUGAGAAAGGUCAAGACUAAGUACCCUCUUGUGGUUGCAAUAUUGCCUGAUGUCCCUGAGGACCACCGUGAAAUAUUGGUUUCACAAGGGUGCAUAGUGAGGGAGAUUGAGCCUGUGUACCCACCUGAGAACCAAACCCAGUUUGCCAUGGCCUACUAUGUCAUCAACUACUCCAAGCUUCGUAUUUGGGAGUUUGUGGAGUACAGCAAGAUGAUAUACCUAGAUGGAGACAUUCAAGUGUUUGAAAACAUAGAUCACCUCUUUGACUUACCGGACAACCAUUUCUAUGCUGUCAUGGACUGCUUUUGUGAGAAAAAUUGGAGCAACACUCCACAACACAAGAUUGGCUAUUGCCAGCAGUGCCCUGACAAGGUUAACUGGCCUGCUGAGCUUGGCCCCAAGCCUCCCCAAUACUUCAAUGCUGGCUUCUUUGUGUAUGAGCCUAAACUAUCGACAUACCAUGAACUCCUUGAGACCCUUCAAGUUACCUCUCCUACAACUUUUGCUGAGCAGGACUUUUUGAACAUGUUCUUCAAUGAUAUUUACAAGCCAAUUUCUCCGGUUUACAAUCUUGUACUUGCCAUGUUAUGGCGUCAUCCAGAAAACAUUGAGUUUGACAAAGUUAAAGUUGUUCAUUACUGUGCUAAUGGCUCUAAGCCAUGGAGGUACACUGGUGAGGAAGAGAACAUGGACAGGGAAGACAUCAAGUUGCUAGUGAAGAAAUGGUGGGACAUAUAUAAUGAUGAGUCAUUGGACUACAAGAACACAUUGGCUUCUGUAGAGGCUAAAGCUGGUGUUGAGAAAAAUGGCUUGAAACGAUUCUUGACAGCAGUGUCCGAGACUGUUGGUCACUACAUUAAUGCCCCAUCUGCUGCUUAGUGCUUGUUUUAAGUUCAAUGGAAAUGAAGCUUGUGUUGUGUAGGACUCUAAGUAAUGGGUACAGGAUUGGUCUUUAUUUGUAUGAUUUGGAAUUGUCUUCUGUUUUAAGUUGAAGACUUUCCUAUUACAUAUGUUACCAAUUUUCAAUUUGUUAUGGUCUUCUGUUUUAAGUCGAAGACUUACACUCCUAUUAUUAUGUCAGGAGUUUCAGGACCAUUGUUCUUGCUUUUGCUUUGUUUUCUUUGCUCAUAUUUUCAAUUUAUAAGAACAAAUAUUUUGGUGUA